AUGGAGCUGUUCUAUUCGUGUCUUGUUCUUGUCAUUGCACUACGAGCACAAUCGUUCUACCGUGCCGCAUCGAGCGAUACUAAUCGAGGCUGGCAUAGAUUCCUCAACGACCUCUGCUGGGUCUGCGAUACUCAACCUGGGGGGAAGUCUGUCGUCUCCCUUGCCGUCGACCACAAUUCAGGCACUCGGAAAAUCUGGCUGGCAAGCAACUCGAAGUCACGGCAACAACUGAAGAGCUUGAAAUGGACCUUGGGUGAACUACAGCGCAUACGCAAUCUGAAACAAAAAGAUUUGGCGAACGCAAAGUCGGACUUCCUGGCUGAAGUACUGAAGCGAAGCUAUAGCAAAGUGAAGUUCUACAAACGACAGCUAGAGAUCGCUUUAGAUGAGACAACAACGCAGACGUGCGACGAGGGCGUCUUCAAACACUUGUUGAGGGACAUCAUGCGUGCCAUUAUAGCCUAUCAGUGGCCGCGUACGCUUUCAGAAAAGACGCCCACUACGCCAUCCUCCGGGAGUCUGCGAAAGAGCCCUCACCAUCCUGCGAGCAAUGGUCCAGAGUCCGGCAUUAUCUUGGGCGUUUGGGCUCAUGGUGCAAAGCAGUUGAGUGCCUUGUUCGUGCGUCACAGAAGAAAGAAUACCAGCUCUUCUUGGACACGGUCAAAUGGGACGUUGUACCGUCAAUCAAGCCAGCGUCAUCAUGUUUCCCUAGCGGACAGAAUCUACCAUACAUCGAUCACCUACGACGUGCAUUUCCGGAUCUCAACCAAGGCUGGCUCAACAACUCAUUCGCACGGUGUACCGAAGGCGAUCGGGUCGGAUCCAAGGUCGUCGAGAGCACCCCAAAGAAGGGACUAA